AUGACAUUGUGUGUGUGUCCACAGUGGUCACUCUCAGCUCAACCGUGCUCUAGAUCUCGACAAAUGAAAACGAUAUGCUCACAGGUAAACCAACCGACGAACCCAUUCACAAUCGAUCAAUCACUCGAAUGUCUGACAGAUAUUGAAGAGUUAGCACAUCACAAGUACCAAGUGCUAGAAGACUGCCUGUUCUAUAAAUUGACUGAUGAAGCGGAUAAGAUGCAAGGUAAAGGCAACGCGUUGAUGUUGCUGCCUCCUACUCUAGCACCUGGUGAAACGUUGGAUGUGGAUAUUCUCAACGUUGUUGUACGACAAAUGUGGAUGGUAUUAUUUAGAUUCAUUCAUACAUUUUAUCCAUCUAUUCACAAAUGA